GCCGCAACCAAGACCGCACGCAUGCAAAUAACUAUUUUAAAAAAUGAAAUUGCCAUGAUAGGCAUGCUGAUUUCAGUAUUGUCUCUGCACAUAGAGGUGCGUUCAGGGUGUGCUAGGAGCGCAGGGGAAGGGCUUCACGGGGAGACGAGGUCUAGCUGCAUCUCCAAGGGUGAGCAGGAGUUCGCCACCCACCAGAGAGCAGGAGGAAGGGUUUGUAGUGAAUAUCCUACUGCAGUCUCAAGUACGAGGCCCAACCACCGCAGUUUUCAACCCCAGAGCUCGCUGAUACCAUUGGUAUUGACAGUUGAGAGGGAUCAUAAGGGAUCCAUCGCAGCUCUACCCAAGGCCUCCCUCCCGCCCUCGCCACAGUCUGCUCUUGAUCGCAGCCAGCUACCUUUCUGGACUCCGCAUCUGUUCAGGUUGUGGGCUGCAGAAGCCAUUUCAGGGCUCCGCUCACUCCGAGGGUGUCAGCAGAAAUCCUUCCGUGGCUGCUGAGGCCCUGCCCCUCCAGUGCCGUCGUCACAGCUUGCUCCGCUCUCCGCGGCUCCAGGUGUUUGGCCCACCCUGGGCUCUCCCGGGACGUGCGGGGUGCCUUGGCAGAGCCUUCGCACCACUGGUCCCGCUUCCUGGUUCUGGCCCCUCCCCCUUCUCACAGGUUCCUCCUCCUGCUGCUGAGCUUUGUCGGUGGUCAGACCAAAUCCCCCAGCAGUGGACUCAGCCUUUGGGGAGGCUGGUCCUAAGGACAGCGUGCGCCUGACACGGUGCUUUAGAACAGCCCAUGCUGGAGACUGGUGCAUAGUCUCGCGCUAACGCAGGUGAACACUGCCGGUGGUCCUCUGGCCUUGGAAGUUACCACUUUAACUGAGCGGCAGGUGAAGUAGCUCUCUGUGUUACAGGAUCAUGUUGGAUGAAAAUGUAAUUCCCUUGAUAGCUGGAAUCACGCAGCUCCGUGAGAUGCUCACACCUGGGGUCUGGUCUGACCUAGGGAGCCGCAGGGGCAGAAUCCCUGCACUGUUUAAGCUGUUCUUUGGGUUUUGGUUGGGUGUUGUACUGUAUAGCACGUACCUCUCAUCUGUAAGACUUGCAUCAGUUGUAACGCAAGAGGGUUUGUGCCCGGGUUGUCAGCUCCCCCAACUACUAGCCCCACCUGCCAGGGCCUGAGUGUGGCCUGCAUCCUGAGUGCCUGGCCCGGGGAGGCACGCACUGAGGACUCCUGCAGAACUGCUUUCCCACCUGCUCCACGUGCUUCUGGGAGGCGCCGCAGGGUUCUGCAGAUGUGUGAUUGCAAUUGCAUUUAAAACAUGUUCAAACUGUGGAAACUCUAAUAGAACUCAGAUGUGCUUUAUCUAUGUGUCAGUGGAUUGAAUACUAGUAGUUCUGUCAGAUUAACUUGUUUUUGUGCAGGUCUCGAAAUAAAGCAAGCAAGUGGAAGACUGCCAUUGCUACCCCUUCUUUUCAUUAGAAACUCCCUGCACUCCUAUAAUGAGCCUGGCACAGUGGUGAACCGCUUUCCCUGUUGUCCAUGUCCAAGUGGAUCUCCCCGACAGCCCUAGAGAUGACGUUUGAGCUGAACAAUUAAGGGUUCCGAAAUCAGAGAUUUUGAGAUUAAAAAUGGCAGGAAAAUCAUCGCUUUUUAAAGUAAUUCUCCUUGGAGAUGGUGGAGUUGGGAAGAGUUCUCUAAUGAACAGAUAUGUGACUAAUAAGUUUGAUGCCCAACUCUUCCAUACAAUAGGUGUGGAAUUUUUAAAUAAAGAUUUGGAGGUGGAUGGACAUUUUGUUACCAUGCAGAUUUGGGACACCGCCGGUCAAGAGCGGUUCAGAAGCCUGAGGACGCCAUUUUACAGAGGUUCUGACUGUUGCCUGCUUACUUUUAGCGUCGAUGAUUCUCAAAGCUUCCAGAAUUUGAGUAACUGGAAGAAAGAAUUCAUAUAUUAUGCGGAUGUGAAAGAGCCCGAAAGCUUUCCUUUUGUGAUUUUGGGUAACAAGGUUGACAUCAGCGAGCGGCAGGUGUCUGCAGAAGAAGCUCAAGCCUGGUGCAGGGACAACGGCGACUAUCCUUACUUUGAGACAAGUGCAAAAGAUGCCACGAAUGUUGCAGCGGCCUUUGAGGAAGCAGUUCGAAGAGUGCUUGCUACCGAGGAUAGGUCAGAUCACUUGAUGCAGACAGACACGGUCAGUCUGCACCGAAAGCCCAAGCCCAGCUCAUCUUGCUGUUGAAGUUCGAGAGGUUGCCCUUGCGAUCUAACCAGGUCACACACAUGCACAGAUAAGCACAGGGUGGAGACGAGAAUUCGUGUUUGCAGCAAUGGAUCAUGUACUCAUAAAAUUAAACUAACCAUAUUGCUGCCUUGUUAGUGGGUGGGAGAAGGGACACAUCCACUCACAGGAGAAUCUCUUUACGCAGUAACGGCACCUUACCUUUAUAAGUUGUAACGGUUGUCUAAUAAUGUUUAAUUUAAAUAUGUAUGUCACAGAGCUAAUAAAUGAGAUGACCAAGACUUUAUAAUUAAAACAAAACACUUGAGUAUUCUAGAAGUUACUGUUUUUUCCCCGGAAAAAUGGAGAACUACUUUUUCUAUGUGUAUAUUUUUAUGUAAUUAGCACUCUGUUCCUGGUUCAGGGAAAACAUGUCCUAAAGCAAUAAUGUUAGAUAUUAAAGAUUAAAAUCCAGUGCAUUUGC